AUGCCAAACAAAGGGACGACCCCGGGAUCAGGAGCGGACCGGUCUCCUCUGCUGAGGCGCAGAAACCUGACGAACCGGCUGAGGCGUGAGAGCCUGAUGAGCCGGCUGAGACCUUCCCGGUUGCUUCGUCCGAGGCACGGGAACCUGUUCACCCAGCUGAGGUAUGGGAGCCUAUCGAACCCGCUGAGAAAUGGGAGCCUGUCGAGCCAGCUGAGGCAUGAGAGUCUGACGAACCGACUGAGGCCUCCCUGGAGUGAUGCUCUGCAGCAUGGUACGUCAGGGACCCUCCCCCACUUCCUCCAGGAGCCCGAUGAUGCCUAUAUCGUCAAGAGCAACCCCAUCAAGCUCAAGUGCCGGGCCAGGCCAGCCCUGCAGAUCUUCUUCAAGUGCAAUGGGGAGUGGGUCCACCAGAGCCAGCACCAGUCUCAGGAACACACCGACGAGGGCACAGGGUUGAAGAUCCGGGAGGUGAUGAUCAACGUGUCUCGUCAGCAGGUGGAGGAUUUCCACGGCCCCGAGGACUACUGGUGUCUGUGUGUGGCCUGGAGCCACCUGGGCACCUCCAAGAGCCGCAAGGCCACCGUACGCAUCGCCUACCUGAGGAAGAACUUUGAGCAGGACCCCCAGGGGAGGGAGGUGCCCAUUAAAGGCAUGAUUGUGCUGCACUGCCGUCCACCAGAGGGAGUGCCUGUCGCUGAGGUGGAGUGGUUAAAGAAUGAGGAGCCAGUGGGCUCGGACGGGAACAUCGACACGCGAGCGGACCACAACCUGAUCAUCCAGGAGGCACGUCUGUCCGACUCUGGGAACUACACAUGUCUGGCUAGCAACAUUGUGGCCAAGAGACGCAGCCUCACUGCCACUGUGGUCAUCUUUGUGAACGGAGGGUGGUCGUUGUGGACAGACUGGUCGGCUUGUAACGUGCCCUGUGGGCGGGGGGUCCAGAAACGCUCCCGCACUUGCACCAACCCUGCCCCUCUCAAUGGGGGCGCCUUCUGCGAGGGCAUGUCUGUCCAGAAGAGUACCUGUAAUUCCCUCUGCCCAGUGGAUGGUGGAUGGGCAGAGUGGACAGAGUGGACGGUGUGCAGUGGUGAGUGUGAGAGGCAGCGCAGCAGAGAGUGUACGGCCCCAGAGCCCAAACGUGGAGGCAGGCUAUGUGACGGGGCCGCUCUGGGAACAUUCAACUGCACCGGGGGUCUCUGCACUCACAAUCUGCUACAUGACGCCAAGCCACAGGGUCUGGAGGGAAGCAGUGACGUGGCGCUGUAUUCGGGCCUGGCGGCGGGGGUGGUGACAGUGGUGGUGUUGAUUGUGGCGGUGACCCUCUACCGGAGGAACCAGAGCGAGUACGGCGUGGACGUCAUCGACUCCUCCGCCCUCACCGGGGGGUUCCAGUCCUUCAGCUUCAAGACUACUCGCCAAGGCAACCCCCUGUUGAUUAGCGCGUCCCUGCAGCCGGACCUGACAGUGUCACGGACGUACACCAGCCCCAUCUGCUUCCAGGACUCCAUGGAUAAAGAACUAAUUUCCCAGGAGCCUUCGCUCUUCGACCCCCUGCCCGACCUCAAGGUCAAAGUUCACUCCUCAUUCAUGGUGUCCCUGGGCGUGUCAGAGAGGGGGGCCGAGUACCACGCCCAGAAAGCCCACCCCCAGACCUUCCCCCGGGGGCUGGCACCCGACUACAGUGGGGUAUGGGUGGACGGGACCCUGAGAGGGAGGAGGGAGAAGAGCCUCCUUGCCCCCCACGCACCGUCUACGCCCUCCAGACCCCCUCUCAGGACGUCCGGGGUGUUGGGACACGCAGGUGGGAGGCUGGUGGUCCCCAAUACAGGUGUGAGUCUGUUGGUGCCCCAUGGGGGGAUAGCUGAGGACACUACCUGGGAGAUGUACAUGGUCAUCAACCAGGAGGACAGCAGCAGUACCCUAUCAGAGGAGAGCCAAGAGGUCCUGCUGAGCCCAGAGGUCACGUAUGGUCCACCGGGCCUCGACCUCUCCUGUCCCGUCGCCAUGACAAUAGCCCACUGCGCUGAGUUCGCCACCGACAACUGGAACAUCCGGCUCAAAAGGCAGACACAGGAUAACAAGUGGGAGGAAGUGAUGUCAGUGGAGGAGGAGAGCACUUCCUGCUACUGUCUGCUGGAGGCUCAGUGCUGCCACCUGCUGCUGGAAAGUCCAGGGCGCUACGCCCUGGUGGGGGAGCCACUGAGCCAGGAGGCUGUGAAGAGACUGAGGUUGGCCGUGUUCGGUAGUGCAGACAACACCAACCCUCUGGGAUACAGCCUGAGGGUGUAUUGUGUCGACAACACCCCCUACGCAUUCCAGGAAGUGGCAUCAGUGGAGCGGAUGAGGGGCGGUCGUCUCCUGGAGGAGCCCAAGACGCUGCUGUUCAGGGGGAACUCCUUCAGCCUGCAGCUCUCCAUCCAGGACAUCCCCCAGUUCCUCUGGAGCAUCAAGCCUUUCACCACCUGCCAGGAGUUCUCGUUCUCUCAGGUGUGGGCUAGUAACCAGCGGCCCCUGCAGUGUGCCUUCUCAUUGGAGCGCUACAGCCCCGCCUCCUCCCAGCUGUCCUGUAAGAUCAGUGUGCGUCAGGUCAAAGGUCAGGAGCAGAUCCUCCAGGUCUACACCUCUGUGGUCGAGAGUGAAAAGGAGGUAGUCCCCUUCUUCACUCAGUCGAACUGUACCACCACGUCGCUGACAGGGUCCAGGGCCUUCAAGAUCCCCCUGUCCAUCCGCCAGAGGAUUUGUGCCACCUUCGACACAGCCAACGCCAAGGGCAAGGACUGGCAGCUGCUUGCACAGAAACUCCACAUAGACAGGAACCUGUGUUACUUUGCACGUCAGGAGAGCCCAUCAGCGGUGAUCCUCAGCCUGUGGGAGGCCCAGCACCAGGACACAGGGGACCUGGACUCUCUGGCCAGCGCCCUGGAGGAGAUCGGCAAGGUCCACUCCUCCACCCACUCCACCUCCAGUAGGGCCACCACACUGACCACCACAGGGACCACCACAAGGACCACCACUACCCUGGGCUGCAGCACUGAGGAGCUGGACACUGAGUUCACCUAA